AUGAGAAUAAAGCGGCAGAAUGACUACUACAAAGGAUUUGUUGGUGUAAAAAUCGUUAAAAUGGAUGUUGUUGGCCUUGUUUCUGGGGGAAAGGACUCGUGCUACAAUUUAAUGUGCGCCGUCCAGCAAGGACAUCGGAUUGUGGCGUUAGCGAACCUGCAUCCGCCCGAAGCUGUAGAUGAGCUAGAUUCGUGGAUGUAUCAAAGUGUGGCCACAUCAGCCGUAAAAUUGUACAGUGAGGCAAUGGGAAUACCGCUCUACACUCAUGAGAUUACUGGUCGACCGCUGAACACCGAGUUUAGUUACGUGGAAACAAAUCUCUACCAACUUUUGAAACGAGUCACCUCCGCUCAUCCGACAAUUAAAGGGGUUUGUGCGGGAGCGAUUCUCUCCGAAUAUCAAAAAGGACGCGUGGAAAAUGUAGCCGCACGACUUGCACUGACACCGUUGGCAUUUUUGUGGAAAAGAGAUCAGCAUGAGCUUUUGUCGGAGAUGAUAACGAAUGCAGUUGAAGCGAUUUUGGUAAAAGUGGCGGCUGCCGGGUUAAAACCGAAACAUCUGGGAUUGACGAUAAAAGAGAUGUACGAUGAAUUGGAGAGACUAAACAAGGAAUUUGGGGUUCACAUGUGCGGCGAAGGAGGUGAAUAUGAAACAUUUGUGCUUGAUUGUCCACUAUUUCGCAAAAGAAUCGUCAUUGAUGAACGAGAAGUUAUCGUUUCCCAAGAAGAUCGACUAGCCCCGAUGGAUUCCACUCCUUCAUACGAUUUUCCGCGAGUCGUCGGCUCGGCUCGAAUUGUGCAAAUCGCUGCGUUGAUCAUUCAGAUCCUUUGCCUCUACGCGUCGGCGAGCGACAUCGGCGGCGGAACGAUCAUCCACAUUGCGCUCAUCGGUUUCAAUCUGGCACAUGUGGCGAGGCGAUGGUACAACAACAUUGACGGUCGCUACGACUUGCGGCAACUCAUCUCGUCGAAUCUCAACAACACCCUUCGCACGCAGUACGCCAUUGCUCUCUUGACGGGUGUUUUGCUGGGGCUCAUCGAGUAUUUCAUCGCUCCAAGCAUCCCCUCAUCAUUGUUCCGACUCUUUUUCUGGCUCUCCCUCUACGUGCAACUCCUCGGCGCCAUCGGUGUGCUCGGAUUUGAGGCUUUUGAGGUCUUCCGUGCCAAGGUGGCACAACAA